AUGGCUGCUUCGGAUUUUCUCAAGAGGAUAGUAACCGAUAUUCCUUAUUCAUUCAAAGAUGUCGUGUCCUACUUUAUUUUUGCCACAGCCGUCACGUUGAUCCUUAGCUAUGCCAAAAGCUGGUAUAAGCUUCGCGAUUUCAAGGGACCAUGGGUAGCAUCAUUUUCGGAAUUCUGGCUUUUCAGGAAAGCCAUCACCGGAGAAAUGCAUCUUCAUCUUGCCGAUGUCUGCGCCCAAUACGGCGAUAGUUUGGUUCGUGUCGGACCGAAUGAAUUAGUUACUUCCGACCCGGAAAUUGGACGCCAUAUGUCAUCGACGAGGUUAAAGCAUCAAAAGGCACAGUGGUAUGCGAGCUUGAAAGUGGAUCCCUAUGUUGAUAACAUCUUUUCCGAACUUGACCCUGAUAAACAUGACAAGAUACGGGCACAGAUAUCCUCAGCUUUCACCUUGAAAGAAAACCCUCAUCUUAUGACUAAAAUUGACGAGUCUAUAAGCUUGUUUGUUGACUUGAUAGAGCGCAAGUACAUCUCUACCAGUACCGAGACAAAGCCCAUGGACUUUGCGCUCGUCUCACAAUACUUUAGCUUGGAUGUGAUCACCUCUAUUGUCUUCGGGCAUCCCUUUGGAUACCUUGCUGAAGACAAGGACAUCUAUGGUUACGUGGGAACCAUCAACCAGAUGCUACCGUUUGUCAGUGUCUGUUCAGCCACACCUACGCUUGGCAGGCUCUUCAAUAUGAAGUGGAUCCAAACACUCCUCGGGCCUAGCACGAAAGAUAAGGACGGACCUGGAAAACUUAUGGCCAUGGCACAACAGUAUGUUGGUACUCGAUUUGGCGCCGAGAAGGAGACCAAGGAUGAUAUGCUUGGGUCUUUCCUAUCACACGGAAUGGCCAAGCGACAAGCGGAAUCAGAAAUUCUCACCCAAAUCUUGGCGGGCUCAGAUACGACAUCUACAGCAGUCCGAGCUAUCUUCCUCUUUAUCAUCACAAAUCCCAAUGUACAUGCCAAGCUUUUGGCAGAGAUUGAUAGUGCCAUCCAGGAGAAUCAGAUUUCAAAUCCAAUUACUGACGAGCAAGCUAAGAAACUUCAGUAUCUGCAAGCUGUCAUCAAGGAAGGCUUGCGCAUCUGGCCACCUUUCACUGGAAUGCUAAUGAAGAAGGUCAACCCAGGAGGUGAAAUGAUCAAAGGACAAUUUGUCCCGGGGGGUACAAGCAUUGGUCACUGUGGUUGGGGAAUGCAACGCGGGCCUGAGUUUGGACACGACGUGAAUGUGUUUAGGCCAGAACGCUGGCUUGAGGCAGACGCGGAGCAAAAGAUUCAAAUGGAAAAGACAGUCGACAUCAUCUUCGGGUCGGGCCGAUGGGCCUGUCUUGGUAAAAUGAUUGUCUAUGUAGAGCUGAACAAGAUCUUCGUCGAGCUAUUACGACGUUUCGAAUUUGCGGUAGUUGACCCUGAUAAGGUAUGGAAUAGUCGGAACUUUACCUUAUUCCUUCAGAACAAGAUGUGGCUCCGGAUCACAAAGAGGAACAAGUGA